AUGAUGCGACCCAACGAUGGAAGACAACCAGGUAUACCCUUCGAGGAUCACAGACUCCGGCAAAGAAUUCCGUUCCUUAGCAGUUCUGAUAAAACUGGAUGCGAAACGCUUCGUGCCUCGUGGGUAGCGACGUUCUCUGUCUACGGCCCCGACUGUUUCCUCUUUACAUGUUGUACUUUCAUACAAAUUCAAUUUAUCAAACUGCAACAUGACAUGGAAAAGAUCGUCAAAGAAGGCUCCAAGAAUCGAGAAGACAGCACAACGAAUACAUUCAAAGCAGACCUGGUAGAAGUUGUUAUUAAACAUAGGCAGCUUAUGCGUUGCGUGGAAUUAUUAGAGACGAUUACUUCUAAAGCAACUCUUCUGCACGUUAUGACCAGCUCUUUAAUCAUUUGUGCAGCUGGUUUUAAUUUGAUGAGUAUGGGUGUAGGCGAUGCUAUUUACAACAGUCGCUGGUAUGAAACAGGAGCGGCCGAGAGAAAAUAUCUUUUGAUUGUUUUACUUCGGUUUGUAUAA